ACCGAGUCCAUCAUCAAGCAGCAGAGAGACUUUUUCUGUCUACUGCUUCUCUCUCUCUCACGCAUUACCGCAAACGCAAUGGCUUCACUCUUCAGAGACCUCUCCUUAGGCCAUUCUAAGAGAGAGUCGCCGUCGCCACCUCCGUCGUUACAACCGCCGUCAAGAAUGCCGUCAUCAAAGCUCAUCGUCACUGAUCUAGAAUCUCCACUGGGCCAGCUCUCCUCCCAACUCACUGACUCCGACUUACGCGCCACUGCUUACGAGAUCUUCGUUGCCGUUUCUCGAACCUCCGCCGGUAAAGCCCUCACGUUUACAUCCAGCUCAGCAAGCAACUUCGUCGACGCGCCUAAUAAUAAUCACGCGCCUCACUCGCCCGGCACUCCCGUGUUGCAGAAGUCACUCACUUCAGCUGCUGCUAGUAAAAUGAAGAAAGCUUUGGGGUUGAAAUCGCCGAGGAAGAGUCCGGGUUCGGGUCCGGGUCAGGGGAAGUCGAAACGGCCUUUGACCGUUGGAGAGUUGAUGAGGUGUCAAAUGCGGGUUUCUGAGAGUGAUGAUUCGAGAAUUAGGAGAGCUCUUGUUAGGGUUUCUGCUGCUCAGGUUGGAAGGAGAAUUGAGUCGGUUGCUCUUCCGCUAGAACUAUUACAGCAGCUAAAGGUUUCUGAUUUUACUGAUCAACAAGAGUAUGAAACAUGGCAGAAGAGAACUUUAAAAGUAAUCGAGGCUGGACUUCUUAUGCAUCCUCGUGUUCCGCUUGAUAAAUCAAAUCUUAAUUCACAACGUCUGCGGCAAAUUAUUAAUGGGGCUAUGGAUAGGCCUAUAGAAACUGGAAAGAAUAAUGAGUCAAUGCAAGUGCUUCGUGGUGCGGUUAUGUCUCUAGCUAGUAGAUCAGAUGGAUCUAUUUCUGAGAUAUGCCAUUGGGCUGAUGGGAUUCCUCUGAACCUGCGCCUUUAUGAAAUGCUUCUAGAAGCUUGCUUUGAUGUUUAUGAUGAAACUUCUUUAGUUGAGGAAAUUGAGGAACUUAUGGAACAAAUCAAGAAGACUUGGAUUAUUCUUGGUAUGAGUCAAAUAUAUCAUAACCUUUGUUUUACAUGGGUUUUAUUUCACCGGUUUGUUGCGACUGGCCAAGUGGAGACAGACCUACUUGAUGCUGCUGAUGGUCAGUUGGUUGAAGUUGCAAAAGAUGCAAAGACAACGAAGGAUCCACUGUACGCUAAGAUUUUGAGUUCUACAUUGAGUUCAAUAUUGGGUUGGGCGGAAAAAAGGCUCCUGGCGUAUCAUGAUACAUUCGAUAGAGGAAAUAUUGAGACCAUGCAGUGCAUUGUUUCUCUGGGAGUGUCAGCAGCCAGGAUUCUGGUUGAAGAUAUAUCUAACGAAUAUCGUAGAAAGAGGAAAGGGGAAACUGAUGUUGCUCGAAGUAGGAUUGACACUUACAUCAGAUCAUCAUUACGUACUGUUUUUGCACAGUUGAUGGAGAAAGCAGACUCAAGCAGGAGAGCAUCAAAAAAUCAGCCGAAUCCUCUUCCUGUUCUUGCAAUUCUUGCAAAGGAUGUUGGUGAGCUGGCAAAAAAUGAAAAGCAAGUGUAUAGUCCAGUAUUGAAGAGAUGGCAUCCGUUUGCAGCAGGUGUAGCCAUGGCCAUUUUGCAUGCCUGCUAUGGAAACGAGAUAAAACAAUUCAUAUCAGGCAUAAUGGAUUUAACACCAGAUGCUGUACAGGUCUUGAGAGCUGCAGACAAACUGGAGAAAGAUCUUGUGCAAAUUGCUGUAGAAGAUUCAGUGGACAGUGAUGAUGGCGGGAAGGCAAUAAUCCGUGAAAUGCCUCCUUAUGAAGCUGAAGCUGCAAUUGCCAAUCUGGUAAAAUCAUGGAUCAGAACAAGGCUGGAUAGACUAAAGGAAUGGGUCGACAGAAAUUUGCAACAGGAAGCUUGGAAUCCACAAGCAAAUCAAGAAGGAUUUGCUCCGUCGGCUGUUGAAGUUCUUCGAAUCAUUGAUGAAACUUUAGAUGCAUAUUUUCAGCUACCUAUACCAAUGCAUCCAGCAUUGCUUCCUGACUUGAUUGCUGGCCUGGAUAAAUGUCUUCAAUAUUAUGUGACCAAGGCAAAAUCUGGCUGUGGAUCGCGCAAUACAUAUGUGCCGACUAUGCCGGCAUUGACCAGAUGUGAAAUCGGAUCAAAGUUUCAAGGUGUGUGGAAAAAGAAAGAGAAGUCACCAAAUCCUCAGAAGAAGAAUCCUCAGGUAGCAACAAUGAAUGGAGACAGUUCCUUUGGAAUACCCCAGCUCUGUGUGCGAAUAAACACUGUGCACCGAAUCCGAGCCGAGUUGGAUGUUUUGGAGAAGAGAAUAAUAACCCACUUAAGAAACUCUGAAUCCGCUCAUACAGAAGACUUCUCAAAUGGCUUGGCGAAGAGGUUUGAAUCCACACCAUCUGCCUGCAUUGAAGGAGUUCAGCAACUCAGUGAGUCACUGGCUUAUAAAAUUGUUUUCCACGAUUUGCGUCAUGUUCUAUGGGAUGGUUUGUACGUUGGGGAGCCGUCAUCUUCUAGAAUUGAGCCUUUUCUCCAAGAGCUUGAGCGAAACUUGAUUAUCAUAGCAGACAUAAUGCAUGAAAGAGUUCGUACUCGGAUUGUUACUGAUUUAAUGAGAGCUUCUUUUGAUGGAUUUUUGCUAGUUUUGCUUGCGGGAGGGCCGUCUCGUGCUUUUACGCGUCAGGAUUACGAAAUAAUAGAAGAUGAUUUUAAAUCCCUUAAAGAUCUAUUUUUGGCAAAUGGGGAUGGAUUGCCUGCUGAGUUGAUAGAGAAGUUUGGAAUUACAGUCAGAGGUGUUCUUCCCCUUUAUCGAACUGAUACAGACAGCCUCAUUGAGCGAUUUAGACGUGAAACGUUGGAAGCAUAUGGCUCUUCUGCCAGGUCCAGACUUCCAUUACCUCCAACUUCAGGAGAAUGGAACCCUACUGAACCAAACACACUCCUUCGAGUGUUGUGUCUCCGGAAUGACGAAGCAGCAUCAAAGUUUCUAAAGAAAACUUACAAUUUGCCUAAGAAACUAUAACGAAGUUAGAUGGCUGAAUAUGACAAAUGCAAGUCAUUUCUUAUAUGGUAAAAGAAUACAGAAUACACUUCUAUGGAUAGACAGUUGUAUUUAGCGCAGAUGGCACCCGAAAGGAUGCUCGAUAUCAUGAGCGUAGAUGAGCCGCCUGGCGUUUGGGAAAUAGCAGUGAGUUUGUAUAGUACUUUAAAAAUGUAUUGGCCGUGUUCGUGCCGCUUGAACAGGAUUUUGGAAGCAGGGUAGAAGAAAGGAAGAUGGCUUUGCUUGUUGAAGGCUGGUAUAUAUCUAGUAAUUUUAUUUAUUUAUUCAAUUAUUAUAAAGCUGACCAGAUUCCUUCUGCCCUGCUUUUAUUUUUUCUUCUGUCUAUUGUAUACAGCAAUAUAUAAACUUAUGAGCUUGAUUUUUUCCUCUUUA